GAAGAGUCUCCGUGACGUCAUGGUGGAGCAGAAGAGAUAAGACAGUCAGAAGAAGGGUAUUCUGUUUCCUGGUGUAUAUUGUGGAUCUAGGAUUACUCGCGCGUCUCAUCAGUUCGUAUUUCAAAAAUGUCGUACGCGUAUCUCUUCAAGUAUAUCAUUAUCGGAGAUACAGGAGUUGGAAAAUCCUGUCUCCUUCUUCAAUUUACGGAUAAGAGAUUUCAGCCAGUCCAUGACUUGACAAUAGGAGUCGAGUUUGGUGCACGUAUGAUUACCAUUGAUAGCAAGCAAAUUAAAUUGCAGAUUUGGGAUACUGCAGGUCAGGAGGCAUUCCGUUCUAUAACAAGGUCAUAUUAUCGUGGAGCAGCUGGAGCUCUAUUGGUAUAUGAUAUUACACGUAGAGAAACCUUUAAUCAUCUUACAACAUGGCUGGAAGAUGCAAGGCAACACUCAAAUUCCAAUAUGGUUAUCAUGUUAAUUGGAAACAAAAGUGAUUUGGAUAGUCGAAGAGAAGUAAGGAGAGAGGAAGGCGAAGCUUUUGCACGAGAGCAUGGUCUUGUCUUUAUGGAGACUAGUGCUAAGACUGCAGCUAAUGUAGAAGAAGCAUUCAUCAAUACUGCAAAAGAAAUAUAUGAAAAGAUACAGGAGGGAGUCUUUGACAUCAAUAAUGAGGCAAAUGGUAUUAAGAUUGGACCACAACAUUCACCAACAAGUCCUGGAGGUUUAGCAGGAACUGGUGGACAAGGUAGUGCGCAGGGUGGUGGGUGCUGCUAGGGGCUGGGGCUUAUCUGUCCACCGCUUCAUCCUUCUCCGAUCUGAAUUGACUUUAUUCCUGCUCUUUAUUUUAAUCUGAACACACUUUGUACAAUUUAAUUCUGCGCAUGCCGUGUCAUGAGGUAACAAGCGACAAUUGAUGUAUUUAUUAGUUGAAAUAAUCUUAUACACGUAACAAAAAAUAGAUAGGAUUAUUGUAAGACGAAAAUGUUAUAAUUACUAAAAUCAUGAAGCAUUAAUAAAGUCUUUAUUUACAAAUUCUCCUAAAGAUAUGAAAAUGAAGUUGUCAUUUUUCAAUAUAUUUUUGAUGGAUUUAAUUCUAGAACAAGCAGAUAUAUUUUUCAAUUUAAUAUAUAAUCAUUUUCGUUCUUGCACAUCACGUAAUAAUUUUAGCUUUUAACAUGAGAUAUUAUUUUGAAUUGAAAGAUUUAUUUAAUUUUUAUUUAGAAAAUUAUGUUUAUUUAAGAAUGCAUAGUAUAAUUUAACUUUAAUUACAUUGGAAAGUCUGGCAGGCUUGUCUCCCACUUUAUAUAGCACGACAUAUAAAUAAUUGUAUUAAGUAAUUUUAAUUAUUUGAGAAUGAUAAAGCGGGAGAGGACAGGCGUUACUAUUUAAUGUUUUAUAUAUUCGUUUAAUACAUAUUGUGUACUGUAAUGUAAUGUGCACUAAUGAUCAAAAUUCCAUUCUAUUGAUAAUGGCUCAUGAACACUGAUAUAUGUAUCAAUUAAACCAAUUGGACAUUUACAUCUAAUUAUCUAAAAAACACUAUAUAUAUAUAUAUGUAUGUAUUGAUGUAUAAGAUGAUGAUUAUAUAAAACAUAUAUUAAUCAAUGCCAUUAGAAGGCCUAUAUUCAAUUACAGAUUUAUAUUCUAUAUAAUAGUUACAAGAAAUCUUAUUGCAUAUGUUAUAAUAAUUGGUAUCAUUAUUUAUGGUACUUUUCUGAAAAUAAAGGCAUUAUUAAUAAUAUAAGCAAAUCAAAAAUACAUUUUUACUAUUUAUAUUAUAACUAUAAUAAAGUUUUUAAUAACAACAGCGUAACAUAAAAGUCAUAUUUGAAACCAUAGAUAAAGAUACCGAUAUGAGUAUAGCAGUGAUAUAAUUUUAUCUAUAUUUUAUCAAGGCCCAAGAAUGAUCCGAUUUUAACAAAUGUUCCUGCCUUUGUUUCAAGAUUUAUUAUGAAUAUUUCAGAAUCUGCAGAAACAUGAGACAUGAAAAAUAUUCAAGUAUAUGAGAUAAGCUCUAGUAGUGCAUGUUAUUAAAAGAUUUGUCAGCUGGCAAAAAAAUUAUACAUUAAGAUUAAUAUUUCUUAAUGAAAUUACGAGGAAACGCAUCUAUAAGCAUAAAUAUACUAUAUCUAAUUAGUACAAAAUUGGCUCCUCGAGUAUUACUAUAAUCAAAUGUUAUUUAUAUCUCAAAUUACAAGCUUGUAUCUAAUUGUUAUACCAAAGAAUAUGUCAGCAUUAUAUCCCUCUUUUGCGCUUGUACAUCAUAAUGAUUAAAUGAUGUAUAUUGGCUUCAAGAAAUUAUGUACAAUACAUUUAAUUUAUUAUAAUCUAGCGAUUAUUCUACACUGUCAACAUUAAUUGACGGUUGUAUAUUUUGUAUGUAUGCUUUGGGCAUAUCUUUUCAAUUGGAAAAUAUAUAUGUGCACAUUA